CAUUGCCGAAGUAGUUUCCGGACCUACCAAGUUCCGUGAUGGUGUACGCCUUCUUAAUUCAUACACUUUUUCCGGGCCAGACCAAAGUAUUGUUUUACCAAAUAUUUGGUUCCGAUACGAGCGGAUCUUCAACAGUUGCCAGCGAUACAAAUGGAAGUUCUAAUAAGCGACAAAAGUGCAAAACGGACAUUGAAUAUGUAGCAUCUCAGGUUCAUUCGGAGUUCCAGUUCCGGCGGUCGGUGGCAGGCCGGACCGUUGAUGACGAUAUCCAGGCGCUCAACCAGGAGGAGCAGCUGCCUCAGUUUGAACUCGGCUUCCUCAGACUUCCGGUUGGCGCGCCGUUUGCAGACGACAAAAUUGUUGUGUGGUUGGGUGCCGGAAAUACAUGUUUUACACUUGUGUGCUAUAAACAGGAAAAUAGAACACUAGCAGAACAUGUUCUUAAGACUUUAAUCCGCCAUUUGCAAGACUAUUUGCGCGUCUUGAACCAACCCGCGGAAGCUUCGUUGAAAGCUGACAGAGUGUGCUUAAUUCUAAAUAGAUUCUUGCCGGAUGGAGCACUUGUUUUUAUGAACCAUAGGGUAGUCAGAGGUAUUGAACGUGAACUAGAGGUUUUAAUUAAAACGUGACGGGUUUAAUAUACUAGUAGUAUAUAUUAGUUUUGUCCAAGGCCACCUUCUGUAAUAACUAUUAAAGUUUUUCGUUAUCUAGAGCGACUUUUUAUCUGGUCUAUUUUCAAGAAAAUGAGAAAAUGUUAUCGAAGUAUUAUCAUAACCGUGGCGUCGGCGGCAUUGUUAAAAUGCAGUGAACUUCACAAUAGCAGCGACCUCACAAUAACAAUGACCUUCACAGUAGCAAUGACCUUCACAAUAACUAAAAAAAAAGUUGACAAUAUCCGCUUGGAACUUGAUAUGCAUGUUACUAGUGGCAAAACGCAUAUGUGUAGCAAAACCUAUAACUCGUGGUUAAAAAUCGUCAACUCAUUCCCCCGUUGAUUGACAACAAAAAAAAAACCCAGACGAGCUCCGGUUGGCUUUCAUUCGUAUCAAGUAUUUUGUUUUGUUUGGGGUUUUUUUGCUACAAACGGCUUAAAAAAGAUGAAAUUUAAUUUCAAACUUAACACCUUUUCAUCAAAUAGCGGUUCGGCUUCUUUGAAGAUACGUUUCUUUUUCCAUAAAGAGCCUUUCACAGUGCAUACGUGGGUGGGGAAGGUAAAACAUUCAAACGUUUCAUAAGUUCAUGUUCAUUUAGUUUUGAGGAGCGAGUGAAACAUACAUUCUCGGUGACAUGUGUUGGGGAAGUAAGGAGAUGAACAAACUUUACAAAAGAAGAUUUUAUCACAUUUUGGAUCAAUAAACAUUCACGUUUUUUUUUCUCGGGAAAGUCUGUCGACAUAUUAACUUUGUUUUUGUGUCCAAAUGCCCCAAACUACCUAAUCAACAAUGUUUUGAGAGUGCUUGAUGGUAUAGUUUUAAAUAAGAAAGUUAUUUAAUAAAAUAAUGGAAAAUAGUCGAUGAAAUUCAUUUCCUGAUUACAAAAAUGCAAAUGUUUUUUUUUUAAAUAGCUGCAAUCGCCACAAAGCCUCAAGACAUUGUUCAUUGGGUAGUUCUAGACAUUGUUCAUUGGGUAGUUCUGACAAUUUUGACACAAACAUUUUCAUUUUGUAUUAUGACAUUUCCGGGAAAAUGCAUAUGCUUUUUAUUGGAAACCUGAAAAAACUUCUUUCAUAAAAAUUGCCCAACUCCUAAUUACAGCUUCACAUGUUGCAACGGAUAGAUGUUUUUUUUAAGGAUGCAUUCUUACUCCCAAAUAAGAUUUACUACAAUUAUUUCAAUUGUUUUAAUAUAUAAAAAAAAGUGAAUAAAUAUCCAAAACAA